CUUUUAGCGGUUUGUGAGAACAAGAAGGAACUGGCGGCGAUACAAAAAAGAAGAUGGCUAUCCAGUAUUUUUAAAUACAAUACAACACAUGCAGUUAUGAUACUUAUGCCAGCCUACAUCUGACAAAUGAAACAAAAGAGGCGUAACACUGACCUUGAUUGACGGUUUCGAACUACGUAAAAUGUUUUGCGUGUUUUGCGUAAGGAUUGAAUGCCAAGUCCAAGAAUGAAGUCGGUGGCCUACAAUGAUUUCCUGCAAUCAACCAGACAUUUACCUGAGAAGAAGAGUAAGACGGACUGUUCUGAUCAACUGUCUCAUUCUGACUCUAACAUGGCCAUGUCCAAUGAAGCUGAUGACCUGAGGGUCAUUCUGGUGGGUAAGACAGGAUCAGGGAAGAGUGCAACAGGAAACACCAUCCUGGGGAGACCUGGGGCCUUCAAAACUGAACUCUCUAGAAACUCUGUGACCACAAAGUGUAAGAAGCAGAGUGGGGAUAUGGAUUGCAAGAACAUUGAUGUCAUUGACACUCCAGGGAUUGGUGAUGGGUUAUUGUCCGAACAGAAAGUAAAGGAAGUUAAAUCUGAGUUAGUUAAGUGUCUAGGGUUGUCCCUCCCAGGACCUCAUGCCUUCCUGCUGGUCAUCAGUCUGAGGGACAGACUCACACAUUUACAUUUAGUCAUUGGCAACCUUCUGAUUACUAGCCCGACUCCCUCACCGCUCACCCAUCUGACUCCCACACAAGAGCAGAGGAACUGUGAGAGGUGGAUCCAGGAUAACUUUGGAGACGAGGCUGCAGGUUUCACUAUCCUGCUGUUUACUCAUGGGGACGCUCUAUGCGGAGAAACAGUAGAGAACUCUCUUCUAGAGAAUGAGGAUCUCACCAAACUAUAUCACUGCUAUGGCCGCAGAUAUCAUGUCCUUGAUAACAACGCCAGAGGUAACACCACCCAGGUCCCAGAGCUGCUGGAGAAGAUAAGGAGGAUGAUGCUGGAGAAUGGACAAGGUCACUACACCAUCAACAUGAACAGGAAGGCCCAGGAAGCAUUGAAAGUGCCAUUUGAAUUAAUGUGUGCAACAGUACUACUAGCAGCAGGUUUAUUCAUGAUUAAAUUGGUUUCCCAGAAUUCCUGAUUGAUCCUCUCUCCUGCGAUUCUCAUCAUUUGGACUUUUACAUUUAAUUGAACAUCAUUUUACAUGUUCAGUUUUUUUUUCAAUGUCACAUGGAGGAAUCCUCAUGUUAAUCUUCACAAUAAUGUAAAAUGACCUAAAUCAUCUAAAUUAUCAUAGAUUAAUACCAGAAUAAAAAUAAAU